UGGCAAUAAAAUGCGCGUUGGUUUCCUUUAUCAUAAUUCUAAAAUAAUUUAGUGCUGGAAUACUACGGUGAUAAUUCGGUUAUGCAUGUGUACUUACACCAGCACAACUAUGAAGACUUGGAAUCGGAAUAUUUUACUUUCGCUUAUCGCAUUUGCGUAUUUUGUACGCGGAAAAACGGUCUUAUGGGAAGACCGCGAAUCUUCUGAAUUUUUUAACCUUACGCACAGUAAACUUGUGUCCGAUAAUGAAAUUCCUUUUAAAUGGACUCCGAUAAAAUUCCCUGGUGAAUUAUUUCCGUUUGAUAUGAACAAUCCUUUGGAUUCCGUGACCUUUCCGUCACUAUUCCCGCCUGCGAAAAGCAUUCCUCUGCCUCCGCAACCAGACACGAAGACCAAUUCGCCGCCAAAUAUAAGGACGUUUCCUGUUGACCAGUUUCCACCUAUUGAUUUACCAAAAGGAGUUCCCCCACUAAUUCCGAUAGAUGCAUUUAACUUCACAUUUCCAUCGUCAAUCUACAAUGUGCAAAUACCAAAAUUUAUGUCGGUACCCACUGCCAAUCUGCUCACGGAUUUAAGUGAUAAAUUUCCUCAAUUAUCCAAGGAUUUGAUCAACAACCUUUAUUCCUCCGCUUCAAAAAAUGUUUCUAAACAGUACACAUUUUCUCGCGGCAGUCGACGUCCUAAUUCUCCGCUUCCGGCCAAUGCACCGCCCGUACCGGUACCGGCCAAUACACCGUCGGUGACCAUUGCCACUUUAACCACGGCGUCACCAACCACACUGCCCAGAAUACCUUUUGUCACACCUUUAGUAUCGGGCGUUGCGCCCACUUCUACUGCGUCCAUUCCCAAGCCGGUUCCUGGUUUGAGCAGCACCACAAGCACAUCUAUAUCGCCACCCUUUAUUUUAACAACACCGCGCACUAACCCGACGACGUCUGCGACAGUAACUUCAUUUGUUACCCCGGUGACGUCGCUUUUACCAAACACAGUACAACCUACAACGUUUAAUUCAUUUCCGGUGAAUCCAUUAACACCAGCACCGGCGCAAACGCCGAUAACUCCAGCACGGACGCCUGCUACAACUGCGGUUCCACCGGUUACGCCGAAUACCACUCCCGUAACAACAGUGACUCCGGUUUCAAGGGUUACUCCAGCGGAAAAAGCAACAACACCGGCAGCUGCUGGCAGUCCAACGUCCGGUCCAUCCACAACUCCCAGUUCAGUCUUCGCGGUCACUUUAACAUCCCUAACAACUUCAACGUCAUUUUCUACACCAUUAACAUCUACCAUUUCUGCAGCGCAGAUUACAAGCACACCGGCAAAUUUUACUACAGUUUCGCCACUCGACAGCCAGACCACCACACACACUCCAAUGUCACUAUCCGGGAUAUUUGGAAGCUCGAAUCCGGAGAAUACAAAAACAGCGGAACAGGCUGCUACUGUGGAGUUGGUAUCAAAAUCCGUGUCUGAGAUGCUUAACCUCAACAAGACAGAAAUAACAGAUGUAUUAAGCGGCGUCGUCCUUCCUCAAAUUAAGGACAACUGCUCGCAGAAUGCAGAAUUUCCGCAGGUUUCCUUGUCAUCGCCUUUUACAUCCAGCGAAUUAGUUCGUUCAGAAUGCUUCCGAAAUAAUGCGAAUACUUCGUCAACUCCACUAAAAUACCGAACCAUAACUGGACGCUGCAAUAACGUUGCAUUUCCGGAUAGAGGAAAAGAAUCCACCGUAUUUGUGCGAUUACUCGAUCCCGAUUACGCCGACGGUGUUUCGGAGCCGCGAAAAAGCCAGUCAAAAAUUGCGCUGCCCAGCGCACGGCUGAUCAGCUCCAGCCUGGUCGGAACGCAAGUCCGAUUGGCACCCACUUGGACAACCAUGUUUAUGCAGUUCGGUCAGUUCUUGGACCAUGAUCUCACGCAUACCCCGCAAACGCAAGUGCAAGGAAACUGCUGUUUGCCUCCGUCUGGAUCGUCGCCUGGAUCGACUUCCAUUGCGAACGUUACGCUAGCGCAAACUCAAGUUAAUCUUCAGUGCCUCCCUAUCGACAUUCCCACCAACGAUCCAUUCUAUUCACGGUUUGGGCAGCGUUGUAUGGAAUUUGUACGAAGUCUUCCCGGAAGUCGUGCCGGUUGUACCUUAGGUUCCAGAGACCAGCUUAACCAAGCAUCGAGUUAUAUUGAUGGCAACCAGAUCUACGGUAGCACACUUGAACAAGCCAACAAGUUGCGUCUCUUUCAAAAUGGAUUUCUGAAAUCCAGUGAGCCAUUUCCAAGCAAUCGGCGAUACUCUUUACUACCGAGCGAUGGACGCAAUCAAACCUGCCAAGACGCAUCGUUAAACCGUCCAUGUUUCGACGCAGGGGAUAUUCGCGUUAAUGUGCAGAUUGGUCUGCAAGCCGUGCAAACCAUGUUCAUGCGUCACCACAAUCUUUUAUGUCAGCGUUUACAAACCUUAAAUCCGCAGUGGAACGACGAAAAACUGUACCAAGAGGCGCGAGCCAUCGUAGCUGCCCAGUUGCAACACAUUACCUAUAACGAAUGGCUGCCGGUUUUGGUGGGGGACAGUAUUCGAGUAUCAAAUAGUAAUACCCACACCGGCUUAGCCUUGCUGAAUACCGGUCGCUUCACUGGUUACAACAUUACUCUAAAUCCUGCCAUGUCCAAUGAAUUUGCAACGGCGGCAUUCCGAGUUGGUCACUCAAUGGUGACGGGAAAUUUCCGACGCCUCAGAGCCAAUUUCGAAUCUUCCGGCAACGAGACUGUUCGCGAUACUUUUUUCCAGUCAAGCCGAAUGUAUGGAGAGAACGUCGCUGAUGAGCUGAUCAUCGGCAUGGUCCAAGAUGCCGGAAAGAUUAUCAACAACAAUGUCGUCGCUGACCUUUCCCAGUUAUUAUUCCGUUCACCCAGCGCGACAUUCGGAAUGGAUUUGGUUAGUUUAAAUCUGCAACGAGGGCGUGAUCACGGGCUGCCUGGAUAUAUGCAAUUUCGCCGGUUAUGCGGGCUUCCGGUAGCCAACAGCUUUCAAGAACUUCGUUCUAAUAAUAACAUUACGGGAAUUCUACCUGAUGACGUCGUGGUUAGAUUGGCAUCAGUUUACCAGUCGGUAGAUGAUAUUGAUUUAUACGUUGCCGGUAUUUCGGAGAAUCGUAUAAACGGGGGAAUUAUCGGUCCAACUUUUGCUUGUAUCAUUUCGGAGCAGUUUUCUCGCCUGCGAAGGGCCGAUCGGUUCUGGUAUGAAAAUGGUUUGCCCAUACCGUCAACAUUUUCCGAUGCACAACUGGCCGAAAUUCGGGGAACCACAUUAGCCAAAUUACUGUGUGAUGUCAGUACCAUAAUGGUACAAAGCCAACCACGGGUGUUUGAAACGGUUUCCACAAUAAAUCCGAUUCAAUCUUGUCAGCAGUUUCGACAAUUUGAUCUCUCAGCCUGGAAGGAAUCACCGCUGUAAAUAACCUAAUUUUUAUAUACCGCUGAAAAAUUUUAUGAGCUGCACAAUACAUUUUUCCGAACAAAGAAUUAUCUGAAGUCAAAAAUUUUUAAUUGAAGCAUACCUCGCAAUACUGUACCUGUGCUGCCCUAAAAAAAUGUAUGAAAUUGCUUUAUUAAUUUCGG